AUGUCGGACAUCGAAGCGAUGUUCCACCAAGUACGAGUAAGGCCAGAUGACAGCGACGCAUUGCGGUUCCUCUGGUGGCCGAAUGGGGAUCUUACGUUGCAGCCUCAAGAAUACAAGAUGAAAGUACACCUGUUUGGAGGAGUGUCCUCACCAAGCUGCGCAAAUUUCGCACUCCAGAAAACGGCGGACGAUAAUCAAAAGGAAUUUUCACCAGAGACGAUCGACACUGUGAAGCUUAAUUUUUACGUGGAUGACUGUCUGAAAUCAGUCGGAUCCGAAGAAGGCGCUAUUUCCCUUGCGAAAUACCUGACAAGUCUCCUGAAAAGAGGUGGCUUUCGCCUAACAAAAUGGCUUUCUAACUCCCACAAGGUGAUCGGAUCAAUGCCGGAGUCAGAGCAAGCAAAGUCAGUUAAAGAUCUGGACUUCGAUCAGUCCCUCAUUGAACGAGCGCUGGGCGUCAAAUGGCAUGUGGCAUCAGAUACCUUUCGUUUCAGCAUUCUCGUUAAAGACAGACCCCCUACCAGAAGAGGGAUUCUCUCCGUAGUUAGCUCUGUCUACGACCCGCUUGGAUUCGUGGCACCCUUUGUCCUUCAGGUCAAGAUCUUACUGCAAGACCUUUGCCGGAAAAACCUUGAUUGGGACGACCGGAUUCCUGAAAAGGACUUGCAGCGAUGGACGAGCUGGCUCGAGGAGCUACCGAAACUAGAGCAAUUCUCAGUCGAAAGGUGCUUCAAGCCAUCAGACUUCGUCGACAUUGUCUCCUGCCAGUUACAUCAUUUCUCUGACGUCUCACAGGUCGCAUAUGGCUCUGUUUCCUACUUGAGACUCGUAGACUCUCAAGGCCAGAUCUGA